AAAAAAGUUAGGUAUUAAAAUGAGUUCGACCGCAGUCACGUAACAUACAGGGGGCGGGGCUUAACAGGCUGUAUUUAUAACCUAACGGACCCAGAGCUGGAGAAUCUUCAACAAGAGAACUACUAACAGAAGGACUGUAAAUACUUCAUGAUGUGGACCAUAGCCUUGAUCUUUCUCUUUUGCAUCCAAACUGAAGUGAUGACAGAAAAUCCAAUACAUUGUGAAUAUACUGAAGGACUCCCUGCCGAGAGUGCUACUAGUCCAUCUUAUCUGGCAGACUCAAAAGUAACGGCGGUAACUGAUGGAAAAAAAGUGAUGUUGAACAUCAGCUGGGCUGUUAAUAUUGAUGCCAGUAUCCAUCAUCUGACAGGCACGAUGAUCCACAUAGAAGGGAAAUUACCAAUUCUCUGCAGAUACACGCCACUUUUAAGGGAAAACACCACUGGUCCUAAACAGAAGUGGUUCUAUACUUUGCAACCAGCAAAACCUGGAUUCUACCUCAUUCAAGCCAACAACGUUCCCUUGCAUCCACAAUGGCCUCCCUGGGCUGUAAAAUCAGCAAAUAUAACAGUGGACGAGCCUGUAGAGCCUACCGUUAAAUUAGUGAUAUUUCAAGAUCCUACAGCUGUUGCAUUGGAGACCCCCACCCCUUAUGUGAUGACAACAAGUGCUCUUGUAGGAGUCAUGGCGUUUUUGAUCAUCAUCUCCUGCUACUUAACAUAUAAAUGCUGUGGAGACAACUUUGCCAUGUGCUUGGGUUUUAAAAGAGUAGCUCCAGCUGAUGUGGUUCCUGUCCCUGUCCUGGUCGUGUACCCUGCUGAGAAUCCGUCCUUCCAGCAGGCCGUGGUGGCCCUGGCCGAGUUCCUGCAGUGGCACGGUGGCUGCAGUGUUGCUAUAGACAUGUGGCAGCAACAAAAGAUUGGGGAGUUGGGGCUAAUGCGCUGGUUGGCAGAGCAGGCCAGUGCUGCACAUCGUGUUCUUAUUGUCUGCCCUAAGGAAUCUUCUAAGCAGAGCUGCUCCCCUUCAUGCAGCAGUUUCCCAGAACCCCAUAUCCCAGCUGCAGCCUAUGACCUUUACCCAAUGAUCCUCAAUAUGGUGGCCAGUCAUGCAAAGGGGAAGAGUGACCUUGCAAAGUUCUGGGUGGUGCAGUUUGACAAAAAGCACAGGAAGAGACCUAAUACUUUACCACUGGAACUCAGAGCAUGCAGGUCCUUUUGCUUGAUGAAAGAUCUGAAGAAACUAUGUAUAAAUCUUCACAACAACAGGCAGGCUAACAAGCUACCAUGCUUGAACUUUGGAUCUGAAAUAACAUUGAGUAAACACAGUGUAGAAAAGUUUAACGACGCUGUUGAAAAACAUUUGCAGCGUAUUACAUUGACAAAUGUGACAAUUCUAUGAAUGUCGUCAUGAAAAUAAUGUCUUUACAAGCCAAUAAGUGGACACAUAUUGUUACUGUUCAAUAAAAUGUUGAAUUGUGUAUACAGAGAGUCAUUCCAUUACAAAUGCCAGUCAAAGACAUGACAUUUAAGUUGUAGUUUUGUUUUUGAUGGGGUUUUUUUUUUGCUAUAUCUUUCUAUAACUAGCAAAAAGUUAGCUACUUUUGGUUAGCCACUUUCUGAUCAAGCUUUGUCAUGGAAAUUGGUAAAUGCAAAUAUACAUAUGUUUUAACCUGUAAACAUUUUCAUUUGGAAACGUGCCAAGUUCUCUCAAAUGAUAGAGAAAUAAUACACUUAUGUCAGCUAUUUCCUGUAUACACCGCCAAGAAACUCCGUAUCCAAAUAAAAUGAGCCCUUACUUGUGUAACAUGUGUACUUG